UGAUUUCCUCCAGUCGGUCAUUCCCACCAGCAACUCAGAGGCAGAGGCGGCAGAGAUGGCGGCUUCUCUCAGAUUCCGAGAUCUGCUGAUGCGGAGACUGAUGGCUCCCACUCCUCAGGGUCCCAGGCUUUGCCUUCGCCUCAUGAGCUCCUCUGCACAAGAAGAGGUCCCCAAAGAAGCCCCAGACCACAGCUACGAGUCCCUCCGAGUGACCGCUGCUCAGAAGCACAUUCUGCAUGUGCAGUUAAACCGGCCUGAGAAGAGAAAUGCCAUCAACAAGGCCUGCUGGAGAGAGAUGCUGGAGUGCUUCAACAAGAUAGCACAAGACCCUGAUUGCCGGGCAGUGGUGAUCUCUGGGGCAGGAAAAGUGUUCACUUCAGGCAUCGACCUCAUGGACAUGGCUUCGGACAUCCUUCAGCCCCAAGGAGAUGACGUGGCCCGCAUCAGCUGGCAGCUCCGUAGCCUCAUCUGCAGAUACCAAGAGACCUUCAGUGUCAUCGAGAAGUGCCCUAAGCCGGUGAUCGCCGCAGUCCACGGUGCCUGUAUUGGUGCAGGCGUGGACCUCAUCACUGCUUGUGACAUCCGGUACUGUGCCCAGGAUGCUUUCUUCCAGGUGAAGGAGGUGGACAUAGGUUUGGCAGCAGAUGUGGGAACGCUGCAGCGGCUGCCCAAGGUCAUCGGAAACCAGAGCCUGGUCAGCGAGCUGGCCCUCACUUCCCGCAAGAUGAUGGCUGAUGAGGCCCUGGACAGUGGGCUGGUCAGUCGGGUGUUCCCAAACAAGGAGGACGUGCUCGAGGCGGCCUUCACCCUGGCGGCAGAGAUUUCCACCAAGAGCCCUGUGGCAGCGCAGAGCACCAAAAUCAACCUGAUCUACUCCCGCAACCAUUCCGUGCCUGAGAGUCUCAACUACAUGGCCACGUGGAACAUGAGCAUGCUACAAACCGAGGACAUCGUUAAGUCUGUCCAGGCUGCGAUGGAGAAGAAGGACCUGAAGAGCGUGAACUUCUCCAAGCUCUGAGAGCCCCCCAGGACCAGGCUCAGGCCCUGGCCUGGGGGUCUGGCCUUGUCCCCUUGCCCCACCCCGUGCCGUUUCCUCAUCCACAGAGAAUUAGGAUGAGCGAAGCCGGUCGCCUCCGUGCCUUCAUGCCUGAUCUCCCAAUUUGUUGCUACGACACUGAUUUCCUCGUGCCCAGGGCCUCGUCUUCACCCAAACAGUAAAGCAGCUUAAUGAA